AUGCGCACUGAUGGUGGAGGAUGGACCGUGUUCCAGAGAAGACAAGAUGGCUCGGUGGACUUCUAUCGCGGCUGGAACGAUUACAAAUCGGGCUUUGGUCAGCUGACGGCUGAGUUCUGGUUAGGAAACGACAAGAUCCACAGACUGACGGCCUCUAGACCCAGUUCUUUACGAGUGGAGCUAGAGGACUGGAACGGAGUAAGAGUGUACGCAAAAUAUGGGAAGUUUAACAUUGGCGAUGAGCAGGCGAAGUAUCGACUUGAAGUGGGUUCAUAUUCAGGGACGGCGGGAGAUACGUUUUCAACGUAUCAUAAUAACAUGGCGUUUACUACAAAAGACAGAGAUAAUGACAGAGAUACCAGUAAUAACUGUGCUGUGUCAUGGACUGGUGCCUGGUGGUAUUAUAAUUGUCACAAGACCAAUCUAAACGGACGAUACUUGGGAGACCUGGGACAAACAAGGAAUUGGCAAGGAGUUGUUUGGGAUGGUUUCCGUUAUGGCAUCUCUCUUAAAUUCACUGAGAUGAAACUGAGGCCUUCAUAAUAUGCAGAGUGUUAUUUUAACUCAGGGGUGUGGAUGUAGUGUUUCUAGACAAUUAAGUCACCCGAGCAAGAAAGACGUUUUAGUGUUAAGUGAUCAUAAACUGAUUAUGAACUGCAAAAUCAGCCCUAUUAGGACUGGGCUUUUUUUUUCUUCCUGCGACGCGCGGGAAGCGGGGGGGGUGGGGGGGAGUGGUGAGGUCGGAGAGACCUCCGGAAGCCCCCUCUCUAACUUCAAAACUCGUGAUACGGCCGCCGAAAUUACACUUCCAACAUCUAUGUUAGACUGCAAAACAGUUGUUGUUUUUUUUUUCCUCAAAAUCGGUUUAGCGUAGCUAAGGAGUCUCACACGCGCGAGCCUCAGCCUCGAUCCAGACCUUCUGUUUGACUGCACGCGCGUACUUGAAUACGCAAAAAUACGGACUGUUUUUAUGGUCCAGUCAAAUUGUGGUUUAGCAUCAAAGUAAUUGCAACAGAAUUUUUUUCAACGCCAUUUAAUUAGUGGAUGGCUAUUAAACAUUAUACUAAAUAUCCGCCAAAAUCGGUUCGGUGAAAUAUGAGAAAAAUUGGCAAUAAAGAUUUUCAACUUCCACCACAGGACACCCAAUUUUUGGAAGAUCACAAAUUUAGACAAAACAUCUGAUAAUAGUGUCCUUUUUUCUCAAGAGUUUUCGAUAGAAAAUCUCUAAUGUAUUUUGGGUAGUUUUGUUUUAAAACACGCCGUCUAAAUGUGUGAGAAACACGUGGGUCAGUGUUUCGUCUUGAGAUCUUUACACAGGUUACCCAGCCACUCGUCUGUAUUCACAUUCUGUUUUCCAACCUUUUUUUUUUUAUAACGGUAUUUAAAAUGGAAAUUAUUAGUCUGUUUUAACAUGGUUAAAAAUCUUAUUAGUAAUUUUUUUUUUUUGCGCGAUGUCAGAAAUGCAGGAAGUAUUUUAGCAGUUUUACAGGCUUGUAAUUUUGUUAUGUCCUGCAGCAUGGAUGCAAAUUUAGUAGCUGUCUGAUGGUGAAAAAUUUGAUUUGAUAUUUUGUUCACCUUCAGUCAGCUACUAAAUUUGAAUUCACGCUGCAAGAUACGUGGGACUAAAUUUUUUCAACGGACUAUAGCUUUGUAACAGUACAAAACGUUUAACCUAUUCCCAUUUCCUGUAAUCGAGUUUUGUGAGGUAAAUAUGUUCUAGCCUUGGACAAUAAGACUUUUUUGUGUGAUCGAACUAGGGAUUCUUUAUUUUUCUCGCGACAUGUGCAACCUCCUUUAGGGUUAUUACUCUGUACUUUAUAAUGUGAGUGAAUAAAUAUUCCGCUAAGGACUCCGUCUGUUUGGUUUUUGCUAGAUCGCAACGCUCUGCGCUUUUCAUUACACCUGGCCGAAUUUGUAGUACUGAGGGAAAUUCAGAAAACCAAGCGCAGUGUGAUGGUUCUUUUUUUUAAUCUUCUCCUUGUAGCGAGUCUCAGAUUUAGUUUAGUGUAUCUGUUUGUUCAGUUUGUAUUUUCUGCGUCUAAGGCGUUCAUAUUCUCUCACCUUGACCUUAAACCUUUACCAGUUUUUUCUCGUCUAUUGGCAAAUGAAGACCUGUUUUUCUAUAAAGAACAUGGGAUCCUGUACCUCUGAAAAUAAUUGCAGUGGCCAAUAAAGGCGCGAAAGUACUCAGGACAACAUUAAAAGUACAAAAUUAAUGAGCUUGGCUGACUUAGCUUCUGAUGGCUCACAUCUUUUUGCGGAAGUGAAACUUGUAUAUUUGAGGAUGACGGUACGUUACGAAAAUUAAUGUAUAGGUAAUCGUAAAAGCCAAAGCAUUAUCUUGCUGGAUUUUUGAGAACGUACCAAACGAACAUUACAGUCUUUUGACUGAGAAAAAGACCAAAAGACGAAGGCAAAAUGAGCCCGAAAAUCCUCCUAGAAAAGAACAAGGAGAGGGAAAAUAGAAAGAGCGAAGAGAAAGAAAGGAGAAGAAGGACAAAAAAAGCCAUGGCUGCAAUGCUAGUUUUUAUGUUGACUUCUGUUUGAGGGGAGAGCUCUAUUUUGGCUUUAACGUUAUUCAAAAAUCCAGCUCUGAUAUUUAUUUUUCUUACCCUUAUGCCUAACAGAAAUCUGAUAUAAAAAGGAUAUAGCUUAAAAGCUAAUGAUUAAGUAAUGGCUUUCAUUUUUCAGAUUGAAAGCCUUAUGACUAAAUUUGUUGUAGUUUUACAGGCACCAGUUCACCCUAUUACUCUGUAAGCCUCCUGUUAUUUUGGGGUUCCUUGAGCGAAGCAUGGGCUUCCUGUGCAAAAGCCAACCGUGUUACAUAUUUAUCCUUCUUGAAAAAAAGAAACACGUCGUUUUUAUCACCGGAAACUAGGCAGCAGUUGUUCUUUCUUCUUUCACUCUUCCAUGCCACAAAAGUAACAAAAACAUUUUGUGCAUUUUUCGUUUCAACGUAUAAUUUCAUCUAACGUGGGUAUCCUUUGUUUAAAGCUCAAAAUGUUUAAUGCUUAAUUUUGACACGUUCCACCGAAUGGAUUUUGGCGGAUUUUUAGUACGUUGCUAGAUAGGCCACCCUUACUUAAAAGGCGUUGAAAACAAUUCUGUUGCAAUUAGUUUAAUGUUGAGCCUCAAAAAUGCCUUGAUUGACUAAACUACUGAAGUGGAGUGGUUAAGUGGAAGCUAAGUUGGAGCACUAGUUGAGUUGAAACAGUUGAAUGAAAACGUAUGAUCUAAAGGAUUAAUAAACUACACUAAGAUGUGAUUAUAGACUCCUGGUACAUCUUUACUUAGGUAGCGGGUUACUCGUACACCCCCAACAACUUGUCGAAACGUGACGAACUCUGCCAUCCGAAAGAGGAAGGUGAAAAUGAUAUAAUAAAUGACGCAAACUAGGGAAAGGUAUUUUGUAUUGUAUUACUGGGCUUGGUUUUUAAAUACGUAAGAACGCUUCCUGAAGGUAAAUACAAAUUAGAACAUUGAUCUUUUUACAACAUCCGGGAAAAGUUUGGUUUGAUGCAAAAAAUCACUGUGAGCAUACCUCACUGGAUACGACUACAGUUUCAAAUGAUUUUCAAUUCCACGAGCACAAAACUUGCCCACCACCCCCACCCGCAACCCAACAAUUUUACCCUAAAAGAGAACUUUGUACAGUGUUUACAUGGUAUAAUCUGAUCCACUCAAGAUAAUGCCCGGAAAUUAAUUAAUGUGAUGAACUCUGCCCUCUGUACAUAAAUGGGAAGUGAGAAAAUGAUAUACUAAACGACGCAAAAGCGUACGUCCCAACAAAACACUCUAAGGUACCAUUUUUUAGGUGCUCAUAAGAUCAUGAAGACUAGCUGUGAAACUGGCUUAGAAAUGAUGACUCCAAAGCAACGCUUUCCUUCGUUUGCUCAUACCAUCUCAGCAUUAGGUAUUGUUCUGUACUGCGUUGGGUUUUUUUUAUUCAACUCUUAAAAGAGUUGAAUUAGAGUUCAAGAAGAGGCUAUACUCGCUAGAAAACGUAGCGAAGAGUAGUGACCCACCAUCCAGCGGUCCAAAUGCCAAGGUUAUGAAGAAUUCUCGCUGUAUGUAUUUCUCGCAUUAUCUUGACACAGUUGGUUUUUUUUUUGGUUUUUUUUGUUUUUUUUUUGUUUAUGCAGUCUAAAGGGUCAGUCUUCCAAUCCUUCCCCUGAAGCCGUUGAAAGAAUUGUUAAAUGCUUUCCCAAGGCAAAGAAUACCAGUACCGGAUCCAGACCUUGAGAUAGGAGAUAACGGGGUGGGCGGGGGGGGCAGCGGUCAUCCAGACCCUUAGAUAAGCGGGGAACGGUCUCCAAAAAUUUUUUUUUUCGGCCCUUCGGGCCUCAGUUUGGUCUAAGAAUAAGGGGUCCCCCUCCCCUGGAUCGGUCACUGAAUAACAAAAGGAGAGAGUUAAGCCAUUUCCUUUAAACAGCAGCAGGAUAUAUUACCGUCUCAGUCCUUUCAUACAACACAUACUUUGCCUCAGAUAAAGGCAAGAAAUAUUCUAUCGCACUUACAGUAAAGCAUACAGUCUAUUAAGAAGAACUAAUUGGAUUAGACUAACUAACAUGAUGCACAACGUAAUUAAUGUUUUCGGGGAGAUUAAUUGCUUUGAUUGGCGUAGAAAGAUGGAUGAUAUCAUAUGAACCGGCCACAAAUGCAUUUUCUUGCUAACAAGACAAGCAACAACAAUAACCAGGCACAAUAUGUUUGGGAGAAAAUCAUUCAAAGUCAAAAAUUCCUUCAAAGAGCAUUGUGAUUUUUUUAGGAAAAUCAUACCAAGUACUAGUCAGUGACAAUAAAUACUCUUCACAGUAGUCAAAGACAUGCUUCAUAACGGUCAUUUACCAAUCUUUGUGCAAAUCAAUUUUUUUUUCUGCCGACGUUGCUACCUUAAAAUUUCAAAACUUGCUACGUGAUUUGUUUGUUUGGUUUUUUAUGUAUAAACGUUAGAGGGGAGAGGAGCAUAAUAGGAAGGAGGGAGAAAUGGCCCAAAACAGUAGGAAGGAGGGAGAAAUGAAAUGUUGGGAGUAGCUAGAUAUCGAUUAGAAGGUAAUUUUAUGCCUUUUUUUAACCUGCGUGAUGACAAGGGAUGGGGGAACGGGAAAUUUGACGUACACUGUGAUCCCCUUGGGUCUCCUGGGACUCCCUUUGUCGGACGUAACCGAAUGGAAUCAAACUUUGAAACUUCUCAGGUUACCAGGUUUAAAAAUUGGCGACGAGCAACACACGACUCCUGCACUUGGUCGUAAAGGAAGUUAGUGACCUUUAGAACUUCGCUUUAACUAAUAGGUCCUUUAGGGAUUUUCCCUUGCGAUAUGAUAUGAGGGAGGCUCCUAAAAGAUUUCUCUUAGCCGUUGUUGGUUUUGUAUAAGGUGCCAUUUCCCCAUUAGUACUUUUUUCAGGCUAGGUAAAGCCGGGUGGUAUUGUGUAAGAAGAGGUUUCUUACGUGCGUAUUUGUUUCUCUGUUGAAGGGUGUUUUCCUGUCGGCGAAUUUUACCUCAGAGCGGUGCUUUCUGACAAUUAUAGCGACAGGGUAGCGUCUUUCUAUCAGGCGAGUUUCGAAAUAUUUGAUAUUUUGCUCAAAAUUGGUUUGACAAGAAUCAGUCCUUAGAAGCCUAAGCGCUUCUCCUUUAAAUGAAACCUUUCUUCCCCGGGGGGGAGGGGGGUACUAGACCAAUAUUUGGGUAUAGGUGAGCCGCUAAGGGUUUAUAACCCUGUUUAGGACAAAAAAAAUUCCUAAAAUACAUACCCUGUUUAGGACAACACCCUCAAUCUUAGUACACUGUUUAGGACAACUCCCGACUAAGACGAAAUCAAUUGUGCAUGAAACACCCUGUUUAUGACUAGAACAGACUCGCACAAAUCAUGCACACUGUUUAGGAAAGACUCGUGCGAAAUUGUAUACCCUGUUUAGGACAGAGAGAACUAAACCCAUACCCUGUCCAGCGGCACAUCCCCGUAUAGCCCAUAUAAGGGAUUGCCCCGCCACCCCAGGGCUUUUUUCACGCCUGGUAGGUGACGCGAGUAGAAGUUCGUGUACUGAAAGGUUUGUGUUGGCUCAGUGUAACAGUGUGUUUGCACGUCUACCUUGUUGAAUCUAAUCCCUUUCUACAUUUUUGUGUCCGAGAAAGUGAUCUCUGUUUCCGACAUCUCGGCCGUGAAUUUUAUAGUAGAGUGAAAGUCAUUUGCCUUUUCCACAAAGCUCUCUAUUUUGUCUGGAAAUUUCCCAUAGGGAAAACACAUCAGUCGUCGAUAUAUCUUUUCCAAAACAGCGGUUCAAUCGGUUCAGUACAACUCUGUCUCAAUAUUUGGUUUUCUAUUCUGGCAAUAUAGAUUUUAGCAAAAGUAACGGCUGUCUUUUUCCCCAUGGCUGUUCCAUGGGUCUGUAGAUACUUGCUAACGUAAUAUUGGAAAGAGUUUUCUGUUAAAAUAAGAUAUAGUAUUUUUCUUAGAUAGGGGCUUUCUCUCCAUGAAAAUCGUUGUAUACUUGACAUGCUGUGGUUACUCGCCCUCUUUUGAUGGUAUGUUGGCGUAGAGGCAAAGCACUGGAGGUCAGAUCGAGAACUUCCUUUACGACUAAGCCACAGACACCGGUUUCCACCGUUUUACGGAAAUCGGUCAGAUUUUCCUAAUGAACAACCUCAACUUUCCAAGUUGAAAUCCGAAAAAUGGUUUGGACUCGCCUUGCUCCAUAUCCACUACAACAUGGAAAUUAACCAUGGUGAAAUAAUCCGCUGAUUUCAAAGCCUUCAUCCUAGUAGAAUAGAACUGGACAAUAUCUAAAUGUCUAAAUGACUCAGAAAUUCAGGUUAGCGGAAUUAAAAUAAAAAAAUUGGGGGAGAGCAUGUCCCCAGGCCCCCUUAGAGGCUUGCGCCUUCCGGCACUCGUUUAGGAAAUCGGUCAGUAUGUAUCCUGGAUCAGCACCUGUAAGUGCAGCAGCCGUGUGUUGACCGCCGCCAACUUUUACACCAACUAAAGGGAAGAGGGAAAAAUUAGCUAAAAAGUAAGAAGGAGGGAGAUGUAUUCUACUGUACCUUCCCUUCUUAAAAGUUUUAGUUUUUGUUCUUUAAAACAGUUGCUAACAUUGGUCAUCGGCCUUCCAGUGUUACUCACAAAUAUGGGCCAAAAUUAAUUAAAGGAUACACUUAAGUCUAACCCCGAGGUAGCUCAAACUUACUAUGCAAAACGUUGUCAAGUGAAGGGUGUUCAAAAAGUUGUUAAAUUAAUGUUCAAGAAAAUCACAUAACUUGUAGUUUUCUAUGAAAUCGUUGACUUUUUCGUGCUUUAUGUGUGUACUAAGAAACCUUGAUUUCCGCGGUUUGGAGACAACCGCAAAAAGUUGCUCCAAACGCCAUACGUUGGUGACAGUUGUCGAGCACAGUCGGGACAGGCCACCUGCCAACUGCUUACCUUGUAAUAUGCAUGAUACCUUUUGUAGGACGACCAUAAGGUUUGUAUAUUCACGAACUGACGUUUGAGUCACUUUAUGUCAGUGCUUUCCAGAACGUUGUGCAAGUUCUUCCGUCCUUCCUUUUUUUCUUCGCAAAGGUUUCCUUUAUUUUCUCGAAUUUCUUGUGUCUGGAGUCAUACUCAGUUGAGUGAAGUAAAAGCAUUAAUAACAAAACAGCAAAGACGACUUGAGAUUCCAUUAUUUCGCACGUACAAGCCGUCCUUCUUCAGGGGAUUUAAUGAAGAACCGCAAAGUCGUUACAAUUCAAAUAGCAUGGACGAUUUGCAGCUGGUCAGCCAGGAGUUGUGGAGGACAGUCUAUAUUUCAAUAUAUGAGAAAGUCUCUACAGACUCUGCAUAAUGUUAAUUUGAAAAUUGUAAAAUCGACGCCGUUCAAAAGAGUGUUAACCGACGUUUCGGCAAUGCUGCCUUCUUCACUUCAUAUAUGCAUUCCUUUUGUAGUAAUGUAUGCUGCAGAACUUAACAAUUUUUAAAACUUAUCUAAAGUAGUUUCGAUCAAGUUAUUACUUGACUAAUUAUUGUAACUGUUGUUGAGUUAAAGAUUAAGCUCGGUUAGACAUUAGUGACGCGUAAGAUCAAAUUGCUAUAUUGUACCUCGUGCGUUGUUGCUUGAUAGAGUUAAUGCGAAAGAUCUAUCUGCGAAGUUAACUGCGUUCAUUUGAAUAUCUAUUCAGGCGUACAGAGAGGACAAUCGGUAAGCGUAUUUUUCUCUGCCCUUGUUGCUUUCGUUUCAAUAUUUGAUCGAUUAUUGUUAGGUUUUUUGUGCGCUCGUCUUUUCUUGUUUUGUUAUGUAAUAAUUAUUGCUUUAGCUUAGCUCCGUUUCAUGUCGCUUAGACAAGGUUUUCUUGUUUGUAUUUUAGUUUGACGUGUUUGACAUCAGAUUAAAUCGCAUUGGAAUCACAGUUGUUCGUGUCUGGUGUUGAAAUUCAGUACAUCGUUGUCCUCGUGAGACCUUUGACUUGCGACAUUCCUACGCUGUUAAACGCCUGCAUUUACAAUUAUAAUUCAAAUUCCAAAAACGCGCCAUUCCCAACUUAAACAAAUUCAGCACUAAUCUUCCUAUUUUUUCUUAUUUUGCUGACAGACUUUUACACCUAUGAUCAAGAAAGAGUUAGGCGUCAAGCGAAUUUGGCCAACGACACAAAGAGCGCUACAGUCACAGCGGUUACUCUCAGUAAAAUCAACAAACUGCUGACAGAGGCGGGAGUGCAGCUCUGUCAAUCAAAGGGUGACUCUUUCAGUCAGGCCCCCCAGGUCCUCCAGGUCCAUCAGGACCGAGGGGAGAGAAAGGAGACCGAGGAAGAAGACGAAAGAAAGGAGAUAGAGGGAUUAUGGGAUUCCCAGGAAAAAGCGGCAAGCAAGGCAAAAUAGGAACUGUAGGGCCAAAAGGCCACGCUGGACAAAAAGGACAAAAGGGAGGCACGGGGUUCACCGGCGUGCCAGGAGCCAAAGGGGAUAGAGGCAUUAUAGGACCACCAGGAAACAGCAUCAAAGGACCUGUGGGACCAAAAGGCGAUGUUGGACCAAAAGGACAAAAAGGAGACACAGGUUUCACCGGCGUGCCAGGAGCCAAAGGAGAUAGAGGCAUUAUGGGACCACCAGGAAAGAGCAUCAUAGGACCUGUAGGACCAAAAGACGAUGUUGGACCAAAAGGACAAAAAGGAGACACAGGUUUCACCGGCGUGCCAGGAGCCAAAGGAGAUAGAGGCAUUAUAGGACCACCAGGAAAGAGCAUCAUGGGACCUGUAGGAUCAAAGGGUAAUGCUGGACCCAAAGGGCAAAAAGGAGACACAGGACCCACCGGUGUGCCAGGAGUCAAAGGAGAUAGAGGUAUUACAGGACCACCAGGAAAGAGUGGCACAAAAGGCAUCAGGGGACUUAUAGGGCCAAAAGGCGACAUUGGAGUCAAAGGACAAAAAGGAGAGAAAGGGUCUGCUGGCAUGCCUGGAGCUAAAGGAAAAUCUGGUCAAACUACCACCGUUGUUGUACCUUGGGGUAAGUGAUAAUCUAAUUCUGUGCUAAUUUGCUCUACCAUUAGUAUAUGUCCAAUUUGGAAAUAUAUAAUUGGAUGAAAAAAAUACCGAGGACAGCCAAAAUUGGACGAGGCCGUAGGCCGAGUCCAAUUUGGCCGUCAGAGGAAUUUUUUGAAUUCAAUUAUUUCAAAAUUGGACAAGCAUGUAGUCCUUUUACUAAUUAAGCGAAGUAUUGUACACUUGAACGGUUUGUAGUUGAAAAAAAAUCACAUUGCAAGAUCUAAAAAAGUGUCAACUUAUUCUUUACAAGUAAACAAACGUAUAACUAGAAUUGCUCUUUCAUACGUUGGCAUUAAUUUGUAGUUAAGUAUAAAUUUCAAAAAGCUCCUUCAAUGAUACUGUGUUACAUGUGAAAACCGCAAUUCAUUCUUCGCGUACAAAGAAGACAAAGCAACAAUGCAAAUGCUCAAUUUAAACACGAAAGCUAUUAAAGGUUAACACUUCAUUCAUUACCUCAAACGAUUUCCACAGACUUUGUCCUUUUGUUGGGUAAUGCCUACAUCUAAUCACAACAAUCGGUGUUUUCUUAUUCUUGUCCAAAGUUUCAGUGCUUGUACAUUUUCGAGAAUCGUUGAUUGUUUCCAAAACUUUUGUCAGUUUAAUUUGGCCUUACAUUUUCCUUUUACAUGGCCCAGACAAGAAGCUAAAACAAAACAGCAGCAAAACAAAACAACAUUCACAGCAACAAGGAGCCACAAGUGUACGCCGACGAACCGCCAUAGGGACUUGUCAUAGGGACUUUUCUCUGAUUGGCUAGUUUGCAUUGCAUAUUGUAUUUCUAGCAUUUGAUUGACUCAGACCAGCUAUCAUAUAUUUUUCUUAAAUUGGACAGUUUGCCUAUAUGUAGUAGAACGUCCUAUCUGAAACUAUCCAAAUUAAUCCUUAAUUGGACAGUUAAUUAUCGGAUUAACUUACAGCUAAUAUAUAGUUAAACAAGAAAACACAAAACCAUGUUCAUAGAGUAUUAUGAAUGUGCCGCGGGCAACCAGCGCUUGGAGAGUAACCAGGUGAAAAGAGAAAAAAAGACACAACAUCAUGCACAACCCGAAAAUCAAAUAAUAGCUAUAAUCGACAGAAAUAAAUCAAAUAUUUACUUAACUUAUAACAAGAACCAAUCCUAUUCCGUUGAACGCUUGACUGCAACGAACCAGACUUACGAGAAAAUCGAGAGGAAAACGAGGGCUCGAAGAGGCGCGUAG